ACGGAUUGUUAAGUGACUGUUUAGUUUUGAGUUUAGAUACAAAGUCAAAACUAUCAAUAGCGUUUUUCGAUAUUUUACAUUGAUAUUAGUAGAGUUUAUUUUUAUGAAAGUACUGAUUAACAUAUCGCAAUUUUGAGACCCUAUUAAAAAUCAUGGCAAUACGUAAUCCGAGAUUACCACUAUUACCUGGAUAUGGAUCCAAUCCACUCAUCGGCAAGAAGAAUUUCGGCGUGAGACCGGUGUUCACAUCGAUAGACAAAGUGAACAUGCUGGUCGAUAAGACGGAGACGGUCAACCGCGUGCCUUCGCUCUAUGGACGAAAGCAAGCCCCCGACCUGCCCACCUGGAUCAUGUACGACAAACAUAUAUUACGCUUUCAAGGAUUCUUCCAACAAACUCUCCAAGAGAUGAGAAGUGGUGCGCAUGUCUUGAGGAAAGUUGACAUAUUCUUCUUUUUAGAAGAUGGCACAAUUAAAGUUAUGGAGCCAAAAACUGAAAAUAGUGGUUUACUGCAAGGAACAAUGAUUAGUCGUCAAAGGAUUCGACUCCCGCACAGUUACGAUUUGUAUUACGAUGUCCUUGAUCUUAAUAUUGGACGAGAAGUCACUUUCUUCGGUAAAGUGUUCAAGAUUGUAAAUUGUGACAAUUUUACAAGAGUAUUCUUAAAUCGUCUCGGGAUUAACGUGCCGGAUCCUAUACCCUGGCCUGACGCUGUUGAAAGAACACCAACGACCGGUAAACCUCCUAAGCAUAGGCCUUUCAAGCAGUUUUUAGAUUUUGAUAGACAAGUUUUGAGAUUUUAUGGUUACUGGGAUGACCGAGAUUCGGAAUUUGGAGUGAUACAUUUUUUGGAAAUCCAUUAUUUCUUGGCAGAUGACACUAUUGAAAUAAAGGAGACCAUGCCUCCUAAUUCAGGCGUUGAAGCAGGACCAAUGUUUUUGAAGAGAAUGCGCUUGCCUAGGAAUGUCCCAUCUCGUGUUGAAAUGACCGGUGGUCUGAAAGUUGCGUCGUACAGUCCAGCAGAUUUGAGUAUCGGAGCCGUUCUCAAUGUUUUCGGCCGCAAUGUGGUGCUGACUGACUGUGAUACUUAUACCAAAGAGUAUUAUCGCAUCACUUACGGAUUUGACGCUUUCACUCCUCUGCCAAUACCAACGGAUGAAGACAAACAAAGAGUCAGCACGAGUAUGGCUGAUAGACAGCUACCCCCCUGGAAUGGAUACGGUUCAUAUGACGACUCGGCUGAGAAUUGUAGGACAGUGGAACCAAAGGCCCCGCACAAAGACUUCAUAAAAUUUCUCCAUAAAGAUCGCGUGGGUUUUGACUCCCAUAUACUGAGAUUUGCAGCGCGUCUUAUAAAUGACGAGCCUGUAGACAAGAGAAGAUAUUUUAUAAUUAAAUAUUUUCUAUGUGAUGAUACGAUUGGAGUGUUUGAAUUGGGUGAACGAAAUUCUGGAUUCAAGGGAGGGAAGUUUUUUCGUCGAGACAAAAUGUAUUUGCCAGACGUGGAAUUCUUUGUGCCUAAAGAGCCUCCAUCGUACACUGACAAGGAUAUGUGGGUCGGUAACGAGCUGGUCAUCAAUAAGCACCGGUUCCGACUCAUCGCCGCCGAUGAGUACGCGCUGCGAUAUAUGGAGUUAAACGCUGAACAGUAUCCCAUGGCGAAUAUAGCGCUGAUAAUGGACAAGAUACGACGAACCCUCGCUUCCCAAGAGAAUGGUUAUAAAAAUUUCGUCGCGAAAUACAUGGAAGCUGUUCUUCCUGGUAAAAGGGAACUGAUGUCUGUCAGAUGUUUUAAGCAAGCUCUGAAAGAAGUUAUGUGCGAAAAAAUGACGGAACAUGAGUUUUUGACACUUAUAAGAUAUUUUCGAGGUGACCCUGGAAAAGAGAAGAGCCCUAGGCGUGAAAGGAUACGGUCGUUAGUGUUUACGGAGUUGACUCGAGGACUAUGGGACGACCGGGAAAGGCUUCGCGAGGGCCUCCUGCACGCGGACGAGACUGGCAAGGGCAUUUUGACCGUUGAUAAGAUGCGGCAGUUGCUUCGAGCGCACCGGUUGCCGAUCAACCCUGAUCUUAUGGACUGUAUGCUACAAGUGUUACAAAAGGAUGAGAAAUGCAACAUUCAAUACGAAGACUUGAUGUCGUUCUUGGACUUCCAGACCCGACCGGUGUACAACCUCAGCGAGUGUGACUAUGAGAAAGUAGUUAGACAUGCGCCUCCUCUCAAAGACACAGAGUGUAAACUAUGGGCUGAAGCAGAAACAGUGAUUCAAGAAGGCUACGUAAACUGGAGCGGAUUCCUCUGCCAACUGAACCUGGAACAUCUCGUAAAGGAACAGACGUAGGCUAGGAGCGGGUGGUUCCCAUGAAGAAGAUCGUCAUGAGCAAUUAUUCAAGCCUUUGGAUCUGUACCGAUUUGGCAUCAAUAUCAACUUCCUUCGUUUUCUCGAUAUAUAUUUAUCGUGUUAAAAUUGCGAUUAUAGGUACGUCCUUCGUUUAUUGCUCAUAAGUUUCUUGGUCAAAACAUAUAAAAAAAAACUUUAUAACAUUUGUAUUUGUUUAAAAUUAUGAUGUUGUAAAUUAAGAACCAUUGGUAUAUCUAUUUAGUUAGUGUGAGCGUAAAUUAAAGAUAAUUAUUCAGUUUUUAAAUUCUGUAUUUUUUUUCAUCACAAUAAAUACUAUUAAUUGACAAUACAUUUCUCAUCACAAUUCUCACUUUUAAUUUCAAUUUAUGUAUAUAUGACACAUUCACUGUUGCAAAUGUAUUUUCACAACAUUGAAAAAUGACUUGUGAUGUUAUAUUACCUAAAUAUCUUACAAUGACAUGGUAUUGUGAUAGUUACGUCAACUUAAACAAGAAUACAUUAGUCAAAAGUUUAAUAUCACAAUUAAAUUCAUCGUACGUCAUAGAUUUUUUUACGAAAUAAAUAACUUAAAACUAACUAACUGACUUCAUUCUAAUAGUAUUUGAUUUCCAUUUGAGGCUUGCAUUUUAUAUGUAAGUACAUUUAUUUUAAAUGAUUUUACUUAUACUUUUAUAUUUUGUAAAUACUUUUGGCCGAUACGAUGGUGUCAAAGUUUUACAUAAUUUGUCAACCUUAGUUUUUCAAUCACUUUGUUGCACUAGUGUAUAGUUCAUACAUUUAGAUAAGUUCGGCAUAUUUUCUGUUCAAUUAAAAUGCCUAUAUCAUAAUGGAAAGGCCAAUAAUUUUAUGAAUUCGCGAGAGUAAGAAAUUUUUUCUUAAAUAUGAUAAAAUACUCCGUAGAAAAGAAAACAACAAAUAUCUAUGUGGUUCUUGUGAGAUACAUGGCACAAAGUAUUCACUCGAUUCUCUGAUGUUAUAUGUAUGUCUGUUACAAUUUUGUAUCUCUAAGGUCAAUACUUUUCGGUUACAUAAUAAUUUAAUAUAAGCACUAUUAAUAUAAACGAGGUAAACAGAAUUAUUGUGUAAUUAAAAUAUUUUAAAAGUAGGAAAUUAUAUUUUAUGACACUGGACGGAUUCAUUAAAAAAUAAUAUCAAAUUUCUACCUAAACAUAUACAUAUUUACAAUUGAAAUGUUAAAUUACCUAUCUAAAUUAUAUAAACAACAUUUAUUAUUGUUUUUGGCCUAGUAUUAAUUAGUGUCACAUUACACCAGGCACGUGCUAAUGUCCUUGUUGGAGAUCACAGCGCGGAGUGCGAGGUUCUCAUUGAAUCGAUCGCAUUUGCGUAAACGCGAAAAUGAAUGAAAGUUUGAAUACGUUUCAGUUCCAAGUAAAGAAACGACAAUUUUAUAAUGCAAAAAUAAUUAACAGAUUCAAAAAUCACAGUCGGCAUUCACAGAGUUCGAGUUGUGAGUUAUAAAAAACUCUAUCUAAAUGACGUGUAUGUAACAUAGGCUAUGAAAAAAGGCAAUCAGUGGAAGAUUCAGGUGGACGCAAUCGAAUUUAAAAACUCUCACUUUUUAUUGAGUUUUUAACUACCUGGAUUACGUUUGCGUCAAUGUAAAUUCUUAUGGUGUUCCGAUGUGUGCCAUCCAGUGGCUGGUAAAUACGUACCUACUGAAAAAAUAACAUUUACGCAUAAAUGCAAUCGAAUGUUAAAUCUCACACUGCUCAAAGUAGGCGCUAACAACAAUAUAUCUACACUUUUGUUCGUUAAAAUCACCACAUAUCCUUCACUCGUUCUGUGGCUGGUAUUUGUGGUCGAAAUCUGUAAAAUAAAAUUUGGCUUUAGUAAAUAAUAGUGGAUGAUGUGAAGUGCAAAUUAUUAUGAAGUGGAAUCUAAUAAUGCUACAGUUUUUCUUGAAAUUCGUAGCGUAUUUCAUAGAUGAUCAGUCUCUCUCUUAUUAAAUUAUCAUAAAGAUAGUCAAAACGCAAAAAUCAGUGUAAAGUGAUAUGACUAAGAACCUUGGGCAAUACCACUUGGUCUACCAUUAUACCACAAUCUACUAUUCGCGCUCAAAACGCUUAAAAAUGCCUUUUUAUCCUACUAAUAUUAUAAUAUGUAAGUUUAUAUUGUUUAAAACUUUCAUGGUCACGAAUAUUAUAGAAAUUCAUGUUAUUUACGGGAUUGUUACCAUGUAUCGUGAUUUUAGCGAGUUUCCGAUAUUUCGGCACUGUUGCAAGCGCCAUCAUCACGGAAUAACAUUGGAUGUAAUUUAGAAUACAUAUAGUUUUAUUAACUGAAUUGAGACAUAGGGUAGGUUUUAUCUCGAAAAAUAAAAUCGGGAUCUGUACGGGGGGAUGGCGGGUGCGGCGGCGACAUCUUGAUGGCGGUGCUGUUGCCGUUGAUGCUUGACACCGAGUGUACUCUGUAGUGUGUCAUGUGAGAAUAAGGCGGGACCUGUACGAGGGGAUGGCGGGUGCGGCGGCGACAUCUUGAUGGAGGUGCUGUUGCCGUUGAUGCUCGAUACCGAGUGUACUCUGUACUGUGCCAUGUAAGAAUAAGGCGGGACCUGUACGGGGGGCUGGCGUGUGCGGCGGCGGAGGCGUCGGUGGCCUGCGGCGACAACUUAAUAGCGGUGGUGUUGCCGUUGAUGCUCGACCCCAGACUCGACGCCAAAUGUACUCUAUAGUGUGUCAUGUGAGAAUAAGGCGGGACCUGUACGGGGGGACGGCGGGUGCGGUGGGUUCGGCGGGUGCGGCGGCGACAUCUUGAUGGAGGUGCUGUUGCCGUUGAUGCUCGACCCCAGACUCGACGCCGAGUAUACUCUGUACUGUGUCAUGUGAGAAUAAGGUGGGACCUGUACGGGGGGAUGGCGUGUGCGGCGGCGGGGGCGUCGGCGGCCAGCGGCGACAUCUUAAUGGCGGUACUGUUGCCGUUGAUACUCGACCCCAGGCUCGACGCCGAAUCCGCUCUGUGGCGUGUAUGGAAUACAGACAAAGUGUAUUAAGACAAGUGAAUAUUUUCUUAUUCGUUUGUUUUGAGACUCAUUUUCUCGAAAUAUGGUUUGAACUAGCAAAGCAAUAGGGUUGAAAUCCAGAUCAAUGUCUUUUUGAUACGUGAAGAAAAAAUCUUUUUGAAUUAAAUUACAUUUCCGAAUAUGUACCAACUUGAUGAGGGUAACGAAUCUCUAUCAGAUGGACGGACGAUUGCAAUAUUAGUUUCAUUCGCAUGAUCUUUAUCCUGAUGCUAUUUGGAGCCCAGGAACGUAACUCUAUUUUCUUAAUGUAUUACUAUGAUACUAAGAACCUUUGAGGCAGUACCGCCAUAUACAUUAUGCAUAUAUUUAUAAGUAUGACUGUUUUAACAAUUAUUAGGGCUCAUGCCUUCCAUAAUUUUAGAAAUAUUUACCUAUCAAUCUGCCUCCUAAAGAGCGGAUAUCUCCAGGGCGAGUUGGGCUUUCUCUGCUCGUGCUGGAAAGCGGGGUUGUCGCGCCCGCGCUCGCUUUCGCUCACCACUGACAUCGAAACCUGCCCCUCGGUAUCUUUCGUUUUCGAUGAUAGCCUCCUGAAAAGUUGCAUUUACUGGGAAUCAUAUCUUUUUUUCUGGGAGGAGUAUUAUACCUACGAUGCGAAUUUAUAAAAGGGGUUUUUUGUAUGUCAAAACAACAAAAGCUGAGCUAGAAGAGAAGUUUAAUGGCAGCGCAGUGGUUAGCGCGUUCGAUAUUUGAUCGUGCUAAUAAUGUAAUUUUCUGAAUUUCAGGAUGAAAUGACCAAAACUUCACUAUCUCGAGCUCGUUAUUGCUUUUGGAAGAGUUUGCAAGGCACAUUAAGCGGUUGAUCCUAGUUUUGUAUAUGCAGGCGUUAGCACCCAUUAAUAAAAGGCCUGUGCCUCAUAAGUGGCAACAUUAAUAUGCUGAAGAUGAUGACAAAUCAAAUAUAAAUAAUUCAAUUCUGAUGUGAUUACGAAAAUUCGCAAUCUAAUAAAUCACAUCAAGUUCUAACCUGAGUAUUCUAGACGGUAGAGAGCUUUGGGUUUGCGGCCGUGCUCUCUGCCGGCUGUCAACAAUGAGCACGUGUCUGUCGUACGGCGUGUCGUAGUCCACUUCAAGCACCGUCGAGAACCGAUGCGGCCAUGCCAGGUCCAGUGCGGCUAUCAGCAGGCCUACAACCACGCAGAUGCUACCUGAAAUAUUAUAGGAAUCAUAAUUAUCUGUAAUACCAACAAGUCAGAUCAUAAGUCGGCAAGUAAUUUUAAGCCACGUACGGACAUAGUUUUUUUUUUCUGGAGGUCAGAGAGAACAAUACAUGCGAUGAGUACCAGCCAAAAGCACCAUCCUAGCAAGAAGAACAGCAUCGACGACGACGGGAGCGUGAGGUAAAGACGUCCAGUAGCGACGUCCAGUAGCCGCCCGCACAACGUCACGCAAACCAUCGCCAUCAUGUACGUGUAAUAACGUGACACCAUCACUAGCAGCAAGUUACCACGAAACACGAUACGAAAAGAGAAUGAAAGUGUAGGGAAUAAUGUCUGCUUUGAGUACUAGUCAGAAACACCAACGUAGCGGGAAGAACAGCAUCGUUCUGCCACCGCGCACAGCAUCACGCCAACUGUCGCCAACGCUUAAGUGCCAUACCGUGUCACGACCACUAGCAGCAAGUUCAUUAGUAGGCAAAACAUAUAUACGAAGGAAAGAAAAGCAAAGAGGAUAAUACCUGCGAUGAGUACCAGCCAGAAGCACCAUCCUAGCGAGAAGAAUAGCAUCGCUCCGUCGAGUCGCACAAUAAGCGGCGCGUGCGGUAGAGACGCCCAGUAGCCGCCCGCCGCCGCGCACAGAGUCACACCGACCGUAGCCAUCGCAUACGCGCCAUACCGUGGCACUACCACUAGCAGCAAGUUCAUUAGGAGCCAAAACGCUAAUGCUGUCCUGCAAUAAAAUAAUAUUAUGUUUAAUACCGACUUGUUUCUGAGAACUCCCCGGGUUAAAGUCAAUUGAGGGUCGCGAUUAAGUCCAUACUACGUCAGAAGGUAAUUAAUAUCUCGGCUGGUAUGCUCAAAAGUCGUGCUGGGUGGUUAAGUGUUCCGCCACUGAUAUCAACGAGUGUAAUGAGAUUCGAACUUUACGCAGUUGUGAAAUUAGCAGUUAGAGCAGUUUCUCUCACUGCUAACGCAGUCGCAAUUUAGUGACACCCCGCGCGCACCUACAUUUUUUAUACUGUGCGCAAACUUCACAGCCGCCAUUAAGUUUUGUAUGGCCACUCAAAGCUAGCUCGCGUGACAAUUCGUUAACUGAAGCACUCAUCGUCCGCCACCUUUCAGCAGUAAUGUUCUUAUCGUUCGCCUCAUUCCAGCAGAAAUGUUGUAAAGUGUGAUUAAAUUGGUACCAUAACCGAGUAGAGGUGGUGUACUGUAUUUGGCUUUCGUGUUGAGCUGCGAAGUGCUGGGCCACCGACAGCACUGGGUACGGCAGGCCUCGCUUGACUCUAGCCCAGCAUGGUACCAUUCGCCCGCCUCCUCCCAGCAGAAAUAUUUUUUUAAUUGAGAUUAAUUUCGUACCAUAAUAGAGUAGAGGUGGUGUACCCCGCAGCUCGGUACUUGGCCCCCCACUCGAAGCCCUCGUGUUGAGCUGCAAAGUGCUCCGCAACUGACAGCACUGGGUAUGGCAGGCCCCGCUCUAGACCGGCGCGGUACCACUCCUGCAUCGCGCCCGCCUCCUCCCAUCGGAACUGCUCGUUGUAGUCCACGCCGGGGUCACCUAUAGUUGUAUUGCCCCAUGAUAACGCUGUAAAAUAAAACGAUUGUUUUCUAAUUAAGAUAAAUUACCAUUACACCGUUAUUACACUAGACAAUGAAGUUUUUUUAAGGCGAAUAACGAGGAUAGCUCUGCAGUCAAAUGAGGAUAGAGUCGCUCCAUAAAUACUACUGCUUUAUCAGAUACAGUGUAAAAUAAAAAGUUUAUGGCAUCUGUGAAGUUAGCAGCGAGCGCAAUAAAGCGCAGUUUCAUUUCAGUGACAUACCGCGUGCGGCGGCGCGUGCCCUGAUUUUUAUUUUACAUUUACUGCGUUGCGACUUGCUCUUCAUCGAUGGCGCAGUGGGUUAAUGGAAUUAGUCUGCUAUCGCGGAAGCGAAGGGACUUUCGAAUUAUCAGACCAUAAGAUAGGUGAUCAAUAAUUAAAAUGACAGCCGGGUAAACUUCACCAGUGAGCGUGACAUUGACGUGUUCUAAGCCCACAUGCACGGCCAGCCAGCAGUCCAGCCGUUCCGCGGAGAAGGCGUGGUACGUGACACUGGAGAUGCGCGACCCGACCUCGUCUUGCUCUAACUUCUCAGCUGCCAUUACGUUAGAUUGACAGUAUAGGUACCUAGUAAAGAUAUUGAACUAGGUAAUUGAACUAGGUAAACCUCACCAGUGAGCGUGACGUGGACGUGUCCUAAGCUCACAUGCACCGCCAGCCAGUAGUCCAGUCGUUCCACGGAGAAGGCGCGGUACGCGGCACAGGAGACGCCCGACCCAGUCACGACUUGCGGUAAUUUCAUAGUCGCCAUUAAGUUUGAAUCGCACUAUACUCAGCAGAAAUACUUAGCCGGUUGAACCUCACCAGUGAGCGUGACGUUGACGUGUCCCAAGCCCACAUGAACCGCCAGCCAGCAGUCCAGCCGUUCCGCGGAGAAGGCGCGGUACGCGGCGCGGGAAACGCGGGACCCCGCCACGUGCCAUGACGAACUGUGCUUACACACUGCAAUAUAAGACAAAAAAAAAACGGAAUCGGAAUCAUAUGAGAGAACUUAGCAUUAUCCUGCGAUUUCGUGUGCAUUAUGAAACUAUAAAAGUGGAUGUGAAUUCUUUUUUCGAAACUGGUUUCGAAAAAUGCCGAAGGGGAAAAUUUUAGCAGAUCUGCCCAUGGAAAAAUAAGUCCUUUCGUUUGUUAAGAAUCCCAUAGAUUAAAGGUAUAUUAUAUUGCAGCUCUAAACCUAAUUUAAUAUAGGUACUAGAAGAAAUUCGACUGGUAGCUUAGCGAUCAGUACAUUUUCCAGGAGGGCGAAGGUCGCAGAUUCGAUUCAGCCUGAUAUCGAAUCGAAAAAAUGUUUUAUUUUAUUUAAUUAUACCGUUUUGUUCGCCGGCUCUAAAUCAGCUAUAAAAUUAUACUUUAAAGGGCUUUGUUAUAGCGCGUUACGUUGUAGAAAACACGAAUGAAAGUUUAUGAUAAUUAUGAUGAUGUCAUUUGAUGGCAGCUUUUACUGCUUUGUUUUUUAUUAUCAUAGAUUUUGGUAUUUAUUCACUUAGAAACAAACGAUUUGCGGUAAAGGAUGUUUCUUUCAAUAUAUUUACGAAAUUAUUCAUCAACAAUCAUUGGUCAAUUUACACCGGAGCGUUAAACUUAGUGUUCACCACAGAUAAGUAAUUAGAUGCUAACGUAAUCUUUACGAUUAACCGCCAGUGAUUUUCAAGUAGCAUAAGAAGCAGGUUACCAAAGUUGAUAGGAAAACAAAUGAAUAAAUAAUGUCCGAAACUAACGGACACACCUAAAUUAUACUGAAGCGUACAAAUCAUUUCAGCUUAUCUUUAAACCUACUAAUAAGAUUUGCUUUGGUUUUUGUGAAUAAUUCCUUCUAGCUAAUCUCAAGUUUGUUUUAGAAAUAACGCGAACUAUAUAAUAACAUCCUAUAAGGUUUGUUUUAAAUAUCUCUACAUGAAGUACAACUAUUUAUUGCGAUUUAUCAAAGCUUUUUGCAAGUCAUUGUUAGUUGUAAAAGGUACCUAAUUAUAAGCUCAUUGUUUAAGCUUAAUUAGGUUUCAUUGUAUCUAGAAGACUGUAGGUGUAUUAGUCAAUUUAAAAUUAUUAAUUUAAAUUGUGUUUGAAGCCUUGAUAUAUGUGAAGUAAAUAUGAGUAUUUUGAUAUCUUUAAUUGAGAGUAGUGUCAUUGAUAUUAUUAUCAAGUGAUUGGCGGUGACGAAACCAAUAUCAUAUGAUCAAUAAAUAACCGAUCAUUAACAAUGCAUAGUUAACAAAUUGAGUUUGUUAUUAUCUAGUUAUUGUUUUUAUUAUAACUUCACAAUAUUUGUGAUAGGAAUCUAAUAGUCUAAUUCGUACAAUGAUCUGAAUGAUAAUUUUCAUGAUUAAUAAAUUAGAUUUUGGAUGUGUUUAAAUAAAUAAGGUAGUAAAGUUAAAUACAGAUUUUUCACUAACAUUAAUACCAUUGAUUGAGGUCGUGCAAAUUAUAUUAUCGUAGCGUGAUAGCUACUACUAUUUUUGCUUUCAAAUGGUUUUAAGGCGGCGAUCAAGUAUCAUGUAUAUUGAUGCUGAAACAAAGAAGAUCGUUUUCAGAAUUCAAACGAGGUCGUGUCAAGACGUCGAUGAAUUUCGUUAUAGGCAUCCUUUAUCAAUGUGAACAAUGUAAAUAUCGAUGCUGUAUGUAUGGUGACAUAUGACAAAACAUGGAUUCACAGUUUAUGAUCUCAAAACAAAGCUAUCAAAAUUUUGGUGCUUUCGUACUUUCACAUUUGAUUGCUUCUUUUUAAUACUUGACGACCUACGUGGCCGAGUGGUUUGUACGCUGGGUUUCAUGGUGUCGCCGACUCGAGAGGUCCCCCCGGGUUCGAAUCCCGGUGGGGGCAGAUGUUUGAGUGAUGAAUACGAGCAUUUGUACUCCAGUUAUGGAUGUUUAAUAUGUAUUUCUAUAUAAAUAUACUUACAGUCUAUAUGUACAGUUUAUGUAUUCUAUCCGUUUACCUAGCAUCCCAUAACACAAGGCUUACAGUUAUUUUGGGGCUAGGCUAAUUGGUGUGUGUUUAUAAAAUAAAGAAAAACAAGCCUGGAUACGUGCCUACUGUCACGGUGGAGGAUCAGCAUUCACAGUGAAUAGUGAUUGCGUGAGUGAAGGCGCCUUCUUAGGGCAACUUUUUUUCUAAUAAUAUUUUUUAAGUUCGUACGCGUCCAAUCAAGCACGUCAUUAAAAUCUGAGUUUAAUAUUGAAUUGAAUUUGAAACAGUUGAAAAAUAUGUCAUGUCGUAACCAAUGGUGCUAAUAAAUCUUAUGCUUUACUAGAAAAUAUAAAUCUUACAAAAUGCCAGGAUUUUAAGUUUGAACUUUUUCAGUACAAUUUUGUACUUAUUUUAUUAUUCUCUGUCACCUCGAUAAGGGAAUGUCGUGUAAUUGUAUAAGUAUGUAUUUUAUGAAUUUUGGUUUCAUGAACCUUUAAGAAAAUUGCGUAAUAAACUUCAAGUUAUAGACCUUGGUAGUGCAAUUAGAUUUUAUCGCGUACUUAUCCUUUACUUCAGUCAUAAAAGUUUUAUGUUUCAGAAGGAGUUUGUUUAGGCAAUCCUAAUUUUUAAUUAACUUAGACAAAUGUACUCACGGUUUGCGUUUCGUUGUUAAUAAAGAUAGAGUGGUAUUCCAAAUAAAAUCCGUUUCGAUGGCAGAUAAUCCGAUCAAUGAAACGUGUCGUCUAAAUCACGAAAUGUCGAUGUCGACUCGUCCUGAAUUUGGUUUAUGCCAAAAUUUCGUCAGCAACACGAUUUCACGACAUCUAGGUAGGCACGUGAAUGAGAUCUCUCUCAUUAGAUUACAACUAUGAUAGAAUGACUGUGUUCUUACCUAAUAUAACGGUGCCAACGAAAAGGCUGAGUGUGACUAUGGUGAACGUCGUGAACCUCUGCAAUAAAUUGAAACAGUGAAUUAAUAAAGGCAUUAGUAACACAAGGUAACAAUAGAAAUCAAGAACUUUAGAUUAUGUAAAUU